GAACAGAUUAAACAUCAUUUAUUAGCCAUUUAUUGGCCUUUUAUUGUAACUGUUGCCAUCUCGGCCCCAGCUGGGGUAACAUUACACCUUGGCCAGAAACUGCUUCACUUCUAUUACAAUUCAAUUACAAGGCUGUCAAGGCGAGGUGGCACAUGUGACAAAAAAUCAAACUAUGUGCUGGUCAAACAAAUGAGACCACACCCUCGGCUUUCACCAAGCAAGACAUGAGCAAAAUUGACACAUUUCACACAUGAUGCCACCCAGCUAAGGUGAGCAGAAUGAAAACAACGAAGCAAGUGGUGCUCCAUCCCUCGGCUAAACUGCACAACACCAGGAAUCACCUCUGCUACACCAUCGGCCAUAUCACCGUCGGUCAUACUUACAAGUCUUCGGCCAAUCCACACUGUCACCUUGCGGCACGGGAAGCCUUAGUGGAUCCCUUCGGCAAGACGGUGGAGCAGCCCGGAUCUAAAGGAAUUGCCACCACUUUGGCCGGCAUGACACCUCGAACUAUCACCGGUCAAACACCGGAUGCCCCCACCAUCCACGGCACCUCCCUCAGCCCGGGGACCAACUUCGGCGAAGGAAAUCUCCUCGUCCAUUUUUUUUGAAGUCAACAACAGUCCACAUGUCGCCCAAGUAUUACUGAAGCAGCUCUAAAAAUAGCCCCUCGUCUCCAUCAGGUGGUCACCAACGUCCAGGUACCCUUCCUCGGCUAGGUCUGACAAUAGAAAAGCAAGCAAGAUGCACGGUUCAUUAUCCAUCGGCCAAGAUCACAAUCCAUAAGGCUGAUGAGGGACUUACGUCUGCCAAAAUUCGCAUAGCAUCCCUCAUCCAAGUGGGGAACCCCUGGCUACCCCUCGGCCAAACAUGAACAGAGGAGAGAACAACACACCCUCGGCCAGUCCAACACCAUCAGCCAAAAGGGUGUCACCGGCCAACAGUGCGGACACAUCGGCCAAAAUCACAAGUCGUGGAGGCCUCCAUCGGCUAGAAGUGCACUAUCGGCGGAAAAGUUGCACCUCCUUCGUCUAGGGUCACCCGUCUACCCCCGGUGAAGUCUCACAUUGGCCAUAACAGGGUCAGCCCGUCCAAACAUCACGCUCCGGCCAGGGCCGAAAGUUACCUAAAUGUCUGCCAUCAGUGUCUGGGCACCGGCACUACCUCAGUGGAACGGCAGCCCAUCGGCCACACACGCAUUGGCCUGAACAAAGCCGAUGCGUCCAAGCACGAUAGGAAGGCGUCGACAACCUGAAAAUCGCCCUCUGCCACGCCCAAAGCAUCUCCCAAUCCAGAAAGGCUCCUCCCUGACGACCGUCACUUCGCUCUAGGAUAGCCUCAUCGGCGAUUGCAAUAGGCGAAAGUCCCCAUGGCCUCUAGCAACGAUGAGCGGUUUCUCUCUCAGCGGCAGCAACGGACGCAUCCUCUUCGUAUCUCCCAAUCCUCAUCGCAGCAAGUUCUGCGGCUGGAAUUAAAGGCCACCGAGCCAAGGCUAAAUUGAAUUGGUGGGCCAGCAGUAUCCAGUCCAACAAAAAGGGUCCAGGAUGCCGGAAUUUUAACCAAUAGCCAAAAUCAUGGUGCGAAUAAGAGCCAAGUAUCCUAAAACACUUCUCUACUUAGUGCAUUAAAUAUGGAGCCAAAUAGUUUUACUACUAUUAUUAUUAUCUCUACCUUCUAGUCGGUUAAAAUCCCCAAAGUGGUGCAAACCGAGCUCUAGUCUACCGAACAUCUUUAUUUGAUGAUUUAGAUUAUAAUUAGGUCCCUCGACUUACCCCGAUCACCUUUAUUUGGUGACUCGGGCAUCUAAAAAUGAGAGCCGCUAUCGGCCACACACGGCAUUAUGCCUAAAAGUGGUAAACGAUACACCUCAAUCUCCGAGCCGCUAAUCGUGUCG